GUACAGUUGGUGAAGGUAUUUACAUAAUUUUGUCUGGGGAAGCAGUGGUUUUGUCAGAGGGAGAGGAGCAACAGGCAAUCGCGCACAUAAUGGAGGGAGAGUUUUUUGGAGAGGUGUCCUGUUUUUUUGGAAGCCUGUGCACUGCUACUGUUAUGACAGUAGCAAAGGCAAAACUUCUUUUUCUUCGAAAAGAUAUGCUUGCAACAGUGCUGCAGCUUAGAUUAGAUCCUGGAAACAAAGAGGAACAACUGAAAUGGUUUGUAGCAAGGCGAUAUCUCCCAACAACAGAUUUGGUACAGAAAGAUCUCCUAGAAUUUCAGAUAAUUGUAGAGUGUUUAAAAACAGUUCCAUUAUUCUCUGUCUGGCCCGAUGAAGCCCUGGAAUCUGUAGCUUUGAACAUGGCAGAACCUAUGAUAAUUGUGUAUCCUCCAGGAGCAUGUAUACUUAGGAAAGGGGAUCCUGCCGACCCUCUGUUAGUAUUACUCCGAGGAAGGGUCAUGAUAAUGGAAAAUGAGAAAAAUGUUCAGGAAGUGAAGUCCAGAAGAUUGGCUUUUACAUUUGGAGAAGAAGGUUUGUUUACUGGUAGUGAAAAGAUGUUAACAGUUAAAGCUGUAACCUGUUGUCAAGUAAUACAACUGAGACGACAUUUACUUUUCAAAGUUGUAAGACAGGUAAAUCAUCCAUUUAAUGGUUUGGAUAUUAUUAGACUGUUAUAA